AUGAAGGCCGGGUCAUCGUCCAGGAGGAGGAGGUUCCUCAACCUCAGAGCGUUCCUCCACGCGUGGAGGAAGCUCGCCGCCGCCCAGGCGGCGGCCGGCGAGUGGGCGCACCCCGACGGCGGCGUCGGCGGCGAGGCCAUCCCGAAGGACGUGCCGCGGGGCCACACGGUGGUGUACGUCGGGGAGGAGCUGCGGCGGCACGUCGUGAGGGUGUCCUCCCUCGACCACCCGCUGUUCCGGGAGCUGCUGGACCGGGCGCGGGACGAGUACGGCUUCGCCGCCGCGGACGCCAGGCUCUGCAUCCCCUGCGACGAGGACGUCUUCCUCGCCGUCCUCUGCCACGUCGACGCCGACCGAGAGUCGAGGAUGGCAUUGUGCAGCUGACCGGCCACCACGGCGUCGGCCGCCGGCCGGUUACGGUGUGGCGGCGUGCCGGCGUAGCGGAACGCCUGAACCUGCUCUGCCUUCCCCGCCUGCUCCUGCGAUUUCUCUGUUCGGAGCUGUCCAAAAAAUGUUGCUCUGAACAUGUUUACGUGCUGUCAGUUUGUAUAGGGUGUAGGGCAUGUUAGCAGUUAGUCACUUUUAGUUGGGAUGUUCCAGAUUCUGUGUUCGAUUCUUCAAGGAUGCAGAAGUGCUUUGAACAGUUUUUGGCUGCAACGGGGACAUUCCUGCACGCAGUCAAGUGGAGUAGAUUGUAGGUAUUCCGGUGCAUACGGUGGCCUAGUGUAUUUGUCGACUUUUCAGCCAUCUCCGAGGUGCCUGGGACACACACAACGUUGGCUCAACAUGUUAACACGCUGUCAGUGUCAGAUGUUAAGGGUGUAGGGAUGUAAUCAAUAUCGGUGAUUUUUUCUUUCUCUCUCUCUCUGAGGUUCAGUAAUCUGUAUUCAAUUCAAGGAAGCGUCAGGGGAUCAUUUUUUGGCGCAAGCCAUGCAUGCACGCAGUCAAACGCACAAGGAGAUACUGCCAUUUUUGGCCCA